UCGGAGAGGAAAACAAUUCUUUCGCCGGUCGUCUCCCUGGCUCCACUUUAUCUGCCUUCCUCUCUCCGUUCAGCUGCUCUUUUGAUUUUCUAGAGAGAGAAACUAGAGAGAGAGAGAGAAAGAAAGCGAAGGUGGGGGUCUUGGUUUCAGAGAUCUACAGGGCUUAACCCCUAACGGUACAAACUCUCUUUCUUCCUUCUGCCCUAGAUACUGCAAAAGCAACUAUUUAGAUUGUCGUUCGUUUCUUUUCUAUUGGAAUCCACAACGCCUUAAAAGAAAAAAAGUCUGAUAUUCGAACGCGAACUUUUGAUUGGAAGUGUCCUGUUUUAGUUCGAUAGUCUCUUUCUUCUCUUCCAAUUAGGUUUUAAUCGAAUAUGCAUAUACGUGUAUACUAUAUAUAUUGAUGAAUGUGUAUAAACUGCUUCAGAAAUUCAGUUUAUCGAUUCCUAACUUCAGAUGAAAUUCAGUUUAUCGAUUCCUUACUUCAGAUUCAUAAAAUCUUAUGAAUCCGCUGGUGUAAAAUGGGUUGUUUUAUUUUUGAUUAACUUGAUAUUCCUUGGAUGUAUUUGAUUGAAAUUGGGGUUUGAUGAGUAUGCUGUUAGUGCGUAGAGAUCGUUCGCAGUUCAAUAGAAGCUCUAUAAAUCAACUUUUCUGUAUAAGGCCAUCUCACAUUUAUCUUCCUGACUCGAAAACAGUCAGUAACUGUUCACAUUUCACCUCUCUGCCUGCUUUCUCAAAUUUUUCUUGUCAUUCUGAUCUCAUAAGCAAUACAUUGAAUUCCAUACAUCUUUUAACUCGGCCCCGAAUCGCCACAAGUGCCACCAAAACGUUUUCAAAUGCAUUUCUAUGCAGAUACAUGCUUGUUUCGUUCUAUUCUUGGAACCCAAAUAGACCCCCACCAAGAUCCUUGGGAAGGACUUUCCGGAGAAGAUCAAAAGCUGCCGCCAAACCUUCUCUGGAUGAUGCCCAAUUUCAGCGGGCUCUAUCCCAACUCCCACCAAGAUUUAUUCCCGAAGAACUAUGCAAUGUCAUAACUCUUGAAGAAGAUCCUCUAGUGUGUUUGGAGCUAUUUAAUUGGGCGUCGCAACAGCCCAGGUUCAAGCAUGAUGUCUCCACGUAUCACAUCACUAUAAAAAAGCUUGGGGCUGCAAAAUUGUACGAGGAAAUGGAUGCUGUUGUUAACCAAGUACUUUCUGUUCCUUUUAUUGGUUCAGAGGCUCUAUUCAACACCAUGAUCUACUUCUUUACAGAAGCUCGAAAACUGACAAGAGCAGUCAAUAUUUAUAAACACAUGAGGAAUAGCAAGAAAUUGGACUGUAGGCCUUCAAUUAGGACAUGUAAUAUUCUAUUCGCUGCUCUUCUAAGUAGGGGAAGCAAUUCCUAUGUAAACCACAUGUAUAUGGAGACUAUUAGAUGUCUCUUCAAGCAAAUGGUGAAUGAUGGGAUCGACCCAGAUAUUUUUUCAUUGAAUUCUAUGAUAAAAGGGUAUGUCCUGUCGCUACACGUCAAUGAUGCCCUCAGAAUAUUCCAUCAGAUGGAUGUCGUCUAUAACUGUCAGCCUAAUUCAUUUUCCUAUGAUUAUUUGAUCCAUGGAUUAUGUGUUCAAGGCCGAACAAACAAUGCUAGAGAAUUGUGUGCUGAAAUGAAGAGAAAAGGGUUUGUCCCAAGCUGUAAAACAUACAACUCCCUUGUGAAUGCUUUUGCUCUUGGUGGAGAGAUUGAUGAGGCAGUCAGUUUUCUGUGGGAGAUGUCUGAAAAGCACCGGUCUGCUGAUUUCAUUACAUACAGGACAGUCCUUGAUGAAAUCUGUCGGAGACGCAGGGUUGAAGAUGCCAUGAGCUUGUUGAAGGAGUUGCAAGAGAAUGACUUUGUGGAUGGACAUAUUUUUAGGAAGCUCCUCUACGAACUUGAAGACAAAUUGGGAACUUCAAAUGACAGAAAUUGUUUCAGGUAAAACCGUAAAAGUCACUGGAAGUUCUUUUGAUUGCAAAUGUGGGGCAUAUGAUUCAUGUUCUAUGGAUACGGAGGUGCUUGUACAUUCUUUAAUAUUGUUUUUGAGUGCUAUGCCUGGAUCCAGGUUGGUGAGUGAGGUGAUAUUGUAUUUAGUUGGCACUUAUUCCGUGGUAUGUCAAUAACACAUGCCUUGAUGUUGGAACUAAGCAUCUUUGUUUUUGAAA